GAGAGGGCCUCGGCGGGCGGCCGCCGGCGAUGCUGCAGCUGCGGGACUCGGAGGAAGGCGCCGGGCCGGCUCUGCUGGUGCCGGCGGCCGAGGCCGACGUGCCCUUCACGCCUCCGGGGGACCUGGAAGGAUCGCUGGCGGCGCCCCGGCAGACGCUGCGGCCGCUCAACGUCCGCAACCCCACGCGGGGCCGCCUGAAGGAGUACUUCGUCUUCCGGGUGGGGGCCGGGCGCCAGGCCGUCAAUGAGAUCCGGGUGGUUGUGAUGCCCGUGGAGGACGGAGAAGUCCAAAGCGUUUGGCUGCUGACCGAGAUCGACCACUGGAACAACGAAAAGGAACGCCUGGUUCUGAUUACCGACCGUUCCCUUUUGAUCUGUAAAUACGACUUUAUCAGCCUUCAGUGCCUGCAAGUGACCAGAAUCUCGCUUAACGCUGUCGAUACCAUUUCCACGGGCCAGUUUGAAUUUCCUCCCAAGUCGCUCAACAAGCGGGAAGGUGUCGGGAUUCGAAUCCAGUGGGACAAACAGAGCCGUGCUUCGUUCAUCAACCGGUGGAACCCAUGGUCCAGCAACGUGCCCUACGCCACCUUUACCGAACACCCCAUGGCUGAUGCCGACGAGAAGAUCGCAUCUCUGUGUCAGUUGGAGAACUUCCAAAUCCAGCUAGUCCAGGCUGUCAAGAAGGCCCAUAGGGAAUGUCCCCUGCCGGGACGGGCCAACGGUGUCCUGCUCCUCGAGCGACCGCUUCUGAUCGAAACCUACGUGGGGCUGAUGUCCUUCAUCAACAACGAAGCCAAGCUGGGUUAUUCAAUGACCAGAGGGAAAAUCGGAUUCUAAAAAGCACACGGAGGUCACCAUCGCCCCCCUGGAAGAGUAUAGGGGAGAGAAAACGAAGCCGGUCAAUUUUAUUUUAAUUUUUUUCCCCAGCUCGUCGAAAAUCUCGCUGAUCCUUCCCGACGGAUCGAGACGAGAGGCGGCCGUAGAGAGCCGUUUAACCAUAACACCGGAACUCCUUUCGAAUCUUUCUCCACUCCUUCCGUGUUGUCUCGGAUAAGAUAAUCGUUAUGUUUUCACGCAUGCUCUGGAGUUUUCCCCUCCCUAUGUAAACAAUUUAACCUGGGUUUCCUUCUUACGGGUGGCUAAUUUUUUCCCGUGAUUUAAAGGGAUAUCUUGAGAGUCUCAGGCGGCAUUCCGGUGAGUAAGCACACCUUACGAGUUGACAUGGUGCAGUCAAAAUAAAGAAAAGUCGCGCGAAGAACCACUCGUCCCCCACGCUGCGAAAUUCUACACAACGGCGUUCGUUUCCCGGGAAUUUCCUGCCACGCAAAUCACGUUUUUUGCAUCGAGCAAGGGGGGAAAAAAGGGAAUUUUCAAUCAGCUUUCAAUCCAAAGCCAGGGUACUCAAAAAUCUACCAAAGCAUGGGUAUCGAAACAAGAACAUGUAGUUUUAGUUCGAAUGGUCCAGUUUUCUCUCUUGGUUUCAAAUUCACUGAAACCCCCGAGGUGGAAACUCUCAAAAGGUGAAAAUUAAAAUUAUAUUAGUUCAUCCAAGCCAAAAAGUCUUCGGAAGAGACUGAUAUAUAUUGGGAGGAAAAUGUCUACUGACACAUGGGGAACAAUCGUUAUAGAAGCAUGGAAUUUUCGUUUUUCGGUGUUUUCCGGUUUAAUUUCUGCAUUCCUUAAUGCAGUUUUCUCAAACGGGGACUUCUUUAAGACGUCGGGACUUCAACUCCCAGGAUUCCCCAGCCAACAUGGCUGACUGAGGAAUCCUGGGAGCUGAAGUCCAGACAGUUUAAACUGGCCCAGCGGAGAAACACUGCCUUAAAACUAUCCAGAACUGAAAUUCUGCUUCCCAUACACUGGUCCUCUCGGUACUUCUUUGCCAUUCGGCGUUGUCUCUGUUCACAAUGGACAAAAGGUUGUUGCUGGGAUGACGGCGGAUAUAUGUCCUUGUUUGUGUUACGAGUUGUGUAUACCGAAGCUUAAUAAAACUCAAGUCCAUACGAA